CCGUCGUCAUUAUGCAGACCGACGAGGCGUCACGUCAGAUCGGCGAAUUCGAAGAGCUCAUUGCGAGACUCGACCGAAUAAACGACUCCACUCGAUCCGGUCUGAAGCGCGUCGCUACUCAAGGCAUGGAGAAUUCGUUCGGCGGCGCUGCGGUCGGUGGCUCGUGUCCGCAACUCGAAAAAUGUCGACAUCGGUAUGCCGCUGGGAAUUUUCGGGCCAGAAGUCAGGGAAACUACGAAGACGUCGGACGAAACACAACCGUCAGAGUGCAUCUCGGCAUCGACGAUGAUCUUCGCAUGAUACUAGAAAUGGAUCCGUCCAUUGUCGAUCAGCCUGUUUUACCGACCGAUGGUAACUCCAACGCCAUCUUGCGGGACACCAGGCCGCAUGGAUGCCCUCCAACCUUUAAAACUGCCACACCGACUUCUCGGACACAGCUCAGGCUACAGCUGAUGAGGGAACAGCUGCAGGAACAAGAAAGACGGGAGGCGGAACAUCAACAGAGAUUUUCCAGGCCGGUCGCAGCCGCUCCGAGACCCGUUCCGCCGACCCCACUUUCAACCAUUGGCGUUGAUGUGCCUCCGCAAGUAUUGCAGGUACGGACGUUGCUUGAGAACCCGACACGCUACCACGUCGUCCAGAAGCAGAAGAACCAGGUCCGGCAGUACCUCCACGAGUCCUUCAGAGGCGGCGACGCCGAUGCAACCGGAAUGCCGACGAGCCAGGGCAGUGAGGGCGGAGGGUGCGUCACACCCCUCGACACCGGGCCCCCGCCUCAGCACGUUGUCGCCCCCAUAGCCGCCCCCAUGGUGCACAGUGCGCCCCCUCACAACCCGCCGAAGCCACAGCAUCCUCAUCUCGCCUCCUACCCCAGAGGACCCGCCCUCCUCCCUCAGGGGCACGCCGAUGCCGUUAGUCCCGAUAUUGGCACUGGCGCCAUGUCACCCGGACUUUCGAGCGUCGCUACGACCAACUCGGAGGCGGAGGAUUUGCUGGAAGAUAUUCUCUCAUUUGAGACCGGCUCUUUAGGUGAUGGACUAAAAGACAGCCAAUCUGGAAGUUUGUCAAGCUUACCAGAUCUCCAAAUAAAACCAGAACCGCUUCUUCUUACAGACGCUGAAAUCCAUGCCUUGGCCAAAGACAGACAGAAGAAGGACAACCACAAUAUGAUCGAGCGUCGGAGAAGGUUCAACAUCAACGAUAGGAUAAAAGAGCUUGGAACCCUGUUGCCAAAAACUAACGACCCGUAUUACGAAAUCGUGCGAGACGUCAGACCCAAUAAAGGUACGAUAUUAAAAUCCUCGGUGGAGUACAUAAAGUUAUUGAAGAACGAGCUGACGAGGAUGAAGCAGAGCGAGGUGAGGCAUAAACAGCUCGAAAAUCAAAAUAGGAGGUUGCUGUUACGCGUUCAGGAAUUGGAACUUCAGGCAAAGUCACACGGGCUUCCUGUAUCGGAGUUUAACUGGCCGUCCACUUCGGCCACCGUGCUCAACACAUAUGUGAAAAAUAAACUCGAGCAACGGAAGGUACGCAUAUCGAUUCCAGAUGUGGUUGGGGAAACAUCGACGCUAAGCAUUUCGCAGCUCGAGGAUUUGAUGGAGGAUGACACCGGCGGUCCAGUCCAUGGCGGUGAUCCGAUGCUAUCUUCGCCACACCUGCCUCCCCUGAGUCCCCCGGCAUCGGCAUGCCAUCAUCCCCUGCCGGACGAGGACACCCUCGGAAGUCUCGCCCCGACGACGUCGAACUCGUCGACGGAUAUGGACAUCGUUGCGUAGCCCGCGGAAAAUUCAAUGGCGUCUGUU